GGUUGCCCCGGGAAACCUAACCGUCUGCAACCCGGAUCCGCGGCCCUGGCGGAGCCGGUGGAAGAUGGACAGCCAGUCGGAGCACAGCGGGGACUUGAUAGAGGACGAUGGAGAUGUGGAAAGCCUGUUCUCCGAGACCAAGUCGAGACAUAGCCUCCUUGCUGAACCCGCAGAGUCGGAGCCCGAGCUCCAGCCGGAGCCUGAGCCCGAAGAGGAGGCGGAGGUAGAGGCUGUGGGGGGAGGCGCCGCCGCGGACGAGCAGGCCGAGACCUCGACUGGGCCGGCAGCCGCGGAGGCUGCGGGCGAGGAGGGGCCUGGAGAGCCGGGAUGGCCGUCCGAGCCCGAAUACGAGCCCGAAGAGCCGGUCGAGGCGAGGGCUGAAGAUCCAGCCACGCCAGUAUCCGAGGCGGGCCCCGAGGAACCGGAGGAGGCAGUGGAGCUGGAGGAGGAGGCAGCGGAGGGGAAGAAGGAACCCCGAGCCCGGUUCGCCACGCCGCUGACCACGACUGGCGAGGAAGAGGCUGUGCCAGCCCUGAAGGGGGACGAGGAAGGGAGGCUGGAGCGGGAGGAGGAACAGGAGCCGAGAGUGAGUGAGGAAAAUGAAAUGAAAGGUCGGGCAGGCCGCGGGGCGAAAGAGGAGGGGAAGUAUCUGGAUGUGGAGGAUGAGGAUCUCGAGUGGUCGGAGGAGGUCCAGAAGCAGCAGGAGCAGCAGCUGCGCAGCGAGCUCCUGGAGCAAUACCGCUCCCUGCUGGUGGACCGGAACCGCUACCAGCGCUACAACGUACACCUGCAGCACAGGAUCUGCGAGGCGCUGCGCAAGAAAAAGGGCCUGGAAGCCACUGAUUUGCCGGAUAAGGGCGUGGAGACCGAGGCCCCCGAGAAGGAGCAAUCGUACUUGCGCUAUCUGGCGGUGCUGGAGGAGCUGAAGAAGCAACAGGCGGAUGACCUGCAGUGGUACCACCAGGAGCUGGCCCAGAUGAAGCAGCAGUGCCAGGAGAAGGUCACUAGGGUGGAGAAGGAGUGGCGAAGCUUUCAGGCGCUGAAGAAGCAAGUAGUGAUGCAAGCCAUGGGCAGCUGUCGGAUGCGAGGCGGGCGCCAGGCCGCUCUGAGGGAGGUGGAGCAGAUCCAGGCGUUGGAGGAUAAGAAGGAGAAGGAGAUGAGCUCUGUGCGGCUGGAGAACGUGCAGCUGAAGCAGAGCGUGGCGCAUUUUGAAACCAGGAUGAGGGCACAGGAGGACUUGUCUGAGGGUCUGCUCCUCAUUGAUUUUGAACAGCUUAAGAUUGAGAACCAGACCUUCAAUGAGAAAGUUGAGGAACGAAAUGAGGAACUUUUAAAACUGCGCAACAAAGUGACCAACAAUGUGCAAAUAAUAACCCACGUGAAGGAGAAGUUGCACUUUAUGGAUAUGGAGAAUGCAUGCAAAAAGACACAGCUUCUGGAAAUUGAGGCUCAGGUAGCCCUAGGAAGGGACAUCUUGACCAAGACAAAGCAAGCCCGAGACAGCCUGCGGGUUGACAACAUCAAGCUAAAUCAGAAGUGUGGGCUUCUGGGCAAGGACUCCCUCCUUCAAGAUUUGGAAGAAAAGGUGGAAAAGACAGAAUUGCUCAGCCAGCGCCUGGAGUCCCUGAAGCGCCAUCAUGCCGGGCUCACUCUGUCCUGCAGAGGUGUGAGGCAGAAGAUAAGGGAAGCCAAAGCCUUUCUCCCCUCUUGAUACAGUAAGAAGAGUCAGCAAAACAUUCUCACUCUCAGCAUAUGUUGUCUUUUAGCUCCUAUUUUCCCUUUUUUUUUUCUUGCCGUUCUUUAAAAGGCCUCUGAUAUUUGGGGUAGAGUUAUAUUUUAUAUUUCCCUCAUAAUUAUUUAGCUUCCAAAUUAGUGCUGAGCAUAAAAUUAGGUCAGCAAUGAGUUUUAUAUAGGACUAAGCAAAAUAGGUCCAGAGAAAACAAACGGGUUAUUUAACAUAACUGACUUCUCACAAAAAGCUUUCAAAGUCUUUAUAUCUGAGCGAUUCCAUAGUUUUGAUAACAAAACUAAGGAGCACUGUCGCUUUUCCAUGUGUUAGAAGGGUUUGAAAGUUCAAGCAAUGGAUAGUGUACAAAAAUAUUCAUGUGCAUUAAGCUAAUUAUUAAACUUUGGAAUUAUUAAACUGUGUAGCCUUGAAUUCCUGUUUCAAUUAGAAGCUCAAUAAUUCUCUAGAUUAGUCUUAAGCUGAAAUUGUUUUAUAUGUAAAUAGCACUAGCUUCUGGGGUAACAAAAAAUAUCCAGAAAAGAGGAGAAAUGAUAAACAGGAAAAGGAACGGAUGUUCCUUCAUCUUUCCUUUUUCAAUGAAAGGAAGCUCAGGCUACCAAGAAUUAAGAUUUGUUUCUGGCUCAAUGACAGUCUUCAAUUCUAAUUAAAUGUUUUCUUGGAUCUUCUGAAGAAACAUAUUGAUCUGUAUCCCCCACAAAAAAUGAAAUUUUGUUUUCCAGUGAAAACGUGACAGCUAUAUUGUUUUGCCAAGUGCAAAAUACAUGGAAUGGUGGCUGCUGGGAUUGUAGAGGUGACCACAGCUUUUUAUUGCUGCAGCUCUUCCAGGGCCUGGGGCCACAGCCUUCUAGUUGACCUGGAUAUUUUUAGAUCUCAACAGUAGGACUCUUAUUAUGCUUAAGAAUUCACUCUGUGUCAAAUUUUUUAUGCCUAAAUCCAUUUAUGUGGAAAUAAGAAGAUAAACAGGAGCUCUAUCAUCUUCAACCUUCAACUCUACUAUGACAUCAAUAAAUAAGUUUACCAGCUCUACAAAAAUCAUUAGAACCUCCUCCCCCUUUUUUUUAAAGGUCAUCAUAGCUCCAGACCUCCUCCCCAUUUGCCAACUCCAACCUCCGGUAUGACACAGGGAAUGGUCCUGCCCCCAAAUAUACAAAAUAUUACUCCUUCUCCCUUCCUCCUCCUCUACUCCUUUGAUCUCAGGCACCUCCUUUACUCCCUCCUUCAUGGGACUCCUUUUGUCCAUCUAUGUCCAAUCCAUCUCCCUUUCCAAGGUCAGCCAUUAGACUCAGCUAGGCCUGCAGCUGUUCAUUCUGCUACCUAGUGACUUCCAGGCACUCCUGGGUCUCCUCCAACUCCUGGUGGGCUAUCUCAGCUGCCAUUGUGCCUGCAGCUCUUCCAGGGCCUGAGUCUGUAGCAGGCGCUCCCUGUGCAGUGACUCCUCCUAGA